AUGCCAGCAAAGAAAAAUAGUGGAAAAUUGAAAACAGAUGAGGGCAAUUCAUCAAAAGCUGAAAAUGCUGCCAGUGGAGGUAAGCAGAGCAAAAGUGGCACAGCUGUUAAAGUUCGUCACAUUCUCUGUGAGAAACAGUCCAAAAUCUUAGAAGCAUUAGAAAAAUUGAAGGCUGGAGAAAAAUUCAAUGAAGUUGCUUCCAAAUAUAGUGAAGAUAAAGCUCGUCAAGGGGGUGACUUGGGUUGGAUGACACGUGGAAGCAUGGUCGGUGCAUUUCAAGAUGCAGCAUUUGCUUUACCAGUUAGCAACUUACAAAAUGCCAUCUACACAGACCCUCCCGUUAAAACAAAUUUUGGCUACCACAUAAUCAUGGUUGAGGGCAAGAAAUAA